AUGUCGACCUCUCGCACUCCCUUUAUCUGCGCCUCCUGCGCCGCAAGGACCCUCCGCUCCACCACCUCAAAACACACCACCCGCGCCUUCACCACAACCACAAACCAGCAACUCCCAUCCCCAGAUCUUCCACGAUGGCAGCAAACACCACCUCGUAUGAAAGCGCCUUUCCGCCUUCGACCAAUGCCCAAACAACCCGAAUGGCGAGUGAACGACUCACAGGAAGCAGUAGAUGAAGUCUACGAUCGCUUUCUUGGACGAGUAGGAGAAGCGGCGAAGGAUCAGACAGGCUUACAUGGUACGAGGGGGAGGGAUCUGUUACCUGAGGAGGUGAAGUGGCUAGCCCUAACCCACAAAUCCCACGACCACGGCCGUCAAGGCUUCAACGACCGCCUUGCGAAUCUAGGAAAACGCCUCGUAGACCUCCAAACCAGCCUCGCGCUCCUGAACGCCUCCUCCGGCGUCUCAGCAUCAUACCCGCUCUCAGACCGCAACAUCUUCUCCCACCCAGCGCCGGACAACGUGGACAAUAUAAGCAAAUUCAGCAGAUCCCAGAUCCUUUCAGUUUCGAGAAUGGCGAAAUUAGCGCAGAAUUAUGGGAUAGACAGAGUUGUGCGGUGGAAGCCGAAGAAGAGCGAUAAUCUGAAGGGGUCGGGGGUGGAGACUGUAUUGGCGCAUACGGUGUAUAGUAUUGUUGGGGCUGUGGCGUUGCAGAGGGGUGGUGAGGUGGCGCAGAGGAUGAUUAGGGAGAGGAUAUUGGCGCCAUUAGGCCUUAGAUGA